GAAGUCUCGUCGAAAAACAAAGCUGAACAUCCCCCUAAUGCAGUCGGAUUAAUUGUCUUCCUAACUGCGGUGUGAAAAAGUAGGAAUUCGUCAACCAUUCUUUCGUAACUUUGUUUAUGUUCAUACUUCCUGCAAUUUCGUAUUGUUAGGAAAAAAUGGUUCGACCAACCAGCGGAACACGUUAAAGCCGUCUUUUUAUAGAAGUGGAUAAAGACGAUCUUAUGUGAUUAAGAUGGCGUACACAUGUUGUUCGCUAAACCAGAAUUAGACUUUAUACCAUUUUACAAUAGUUACAAGUGCCAUGCAAAUUUUUGUGUUGAUAUUUCAAACGCUUCGUUGCUUUUGAAAUAGAGUGCUCUUUGUCCAACUCUAAAUCCUUGUUUCCUGCCUAAAGUAUUUGUUAAUCUUAAUUAAUAAACUUGUUAUGUUAUCGCACACUUUUGCACGAAAUAAUUUUGCAAACUGAUUUGCACUUCAAACCUAUUUCGAAUGUGAUCUACAGUUGCAGACUGCACAGAGCUAUAGUUUAAUAAAGCGAACUAAUGGAAUCCAAACCAUUUUAAAAUUUACUUUUCAUGAUUACCACAUCGCAUUGGUUUGAAUCUUAAAUUACGUACUUAAAGUUGAAAUUGUUGUUUCUUUUCAAUCCAUCAAACUCAUUAAAGUUGUUCGAAGUAUCUGAGGAAACGGCCUUUAAUUUUCCUCAAUCAAUCUCGUGAUCAUUGCGCGAGAAACUAUGACAAAUCAUUGCCAGUUGGUCAAAAGGCUUCACGUUUGGAAUGGGGUUGGCCCAAACCCGUGACUGUCUGAAUAGAUGAUUUUGCCCGGAAUGGAUGGAUUGAAUGAAUGGAUUUAUUCACCCCUCCUGUAUCAGGGUCGACUAGGAUUAAAAUGGGUGAACCAGAUCGAUGAACCAGAUCGUCGAGCGAAACAUUGAAGUAAAGAAGAUGAGAUGUGGCAAAUGUUCAGUGUACUGUCCAACUUCGUGUAUGCGCAGUAAACUGGAACAAACCAGUUUGACUGGUUGAAAGACCAACUAAGAAACAAAUAUUGUGUGGUACAUGUGGUCAGCACAGGUUGCCCAGUCACUGUGAAGGAAUUGAAGGCAUUUUCAAUGUGAGCUGGGAAGAACCAUGGUUUGUUUUCGAAAUCCCAAUUUCUGAGAAGGAUAUUAUUAAGAUUGACUGAAAAUCAAAACUGAGGGCCCAUAUUUGUUUUGAAAUUAUCAAGUAACUGUAAUUCCGAGUACCCUAGAGAUUUUCAUAUUUUCGAACGCUCUGUUGACUCCGAGAAGAUAACAUACUUAAGAAUUUUUGACAUUCUGUCAUCAGACUCACUUCGAACGAGCCAAUGAGAUUCAAGCAUGACGUUGCACCGUUAUUGUUUGACUAAAAUUAACAUCAAGGCGGAGAUAACGCACACAAUGGGAGACUUAACAAACACAAAGAGCGAGAGGAAAUAAGGGAUUUUAAUUUAUUCUGUUAACUUAAUGUGUGUGAUAAGCCCGAGCGAUCAUUGUGUUAUUUAUUUGUACGAAAGAGUUGAUACUCGCUAGACAUCGUGUUCACGCCUAGCCGCCAAGAACAGAUCCAGAGCGCAACGGUUGCUUAAAAAUGUCAGUCGCUGUACAACCACCACGGAAUGUGCCACUUUUGAUGCAGAUGCCAGCACCAAUUGAGGAAAACGAUUUGUGGAUUCAAAGUUCCACUUCGUUUCACCAGCUUGGUGCGAAAGCCAUAAACACAAUUCGUUCCAUUCCUUCUUCAAUCACAUCCGCGGAAAUCUUCGACUUCACUUGCGAAGAUCUUAACAAACAUCUUUAUGGAAGAAAGAAAGUGAAAGUAAUUGAUAUAGAAAGGAUUUUACGAAAGAGGAAGCUACUGGACAGUGAAAAUCCAACAAACAAACGAUCCAGGAUCCUAAGCACGGAAGACGACGAUGAGUUGGACGACAUUGAAAUGACCUAUUCCAUAAUGUCGUUCCCAAACGAUGCACAGCUAUGUCUUUCAAGCAUCCCAGGACAUAAGCUCGGUGUCUGUACCAAAGAGUUUAUGCCGGCGGGAACAUGGGUUGGCCCGUAUGAAGGAAAGAGGGUUCCUAAAGGAAUGCUAUCACGAGAAAGUGUUGACCCUGGGUUCUGUUGGGAGAUUUACAAAGAUGGAAAAUUGGACCACUUUCUUGACGGCUCAGACGACAACUCGUCCAGCUGGAUGCGCUAUAUAAGAUGCGCGCGCAACCGUUACGAACAGAACAUGCACGUGGUGCAGUACGGUCCGAAUAUCUACUUCCGCUCGUUCAAGGAUAUAAGGCCUGGUGAAGAGCUAUUGGUGUGGUACGAAAGCCAAUACGAGCAAUAUUUUGGGAUACCUAUGUUCAUCAAACUGUCGAGUUUUGCGAACAAGCCAACGGCAGUAAACAAAGUUUCAGGAGUCCAACAGAUCAUCCCAGCAAAACAUUCUGAUCAACUCCAACAAGCAGUUUUACCGGCGUACCUCACCAAACAUAACGGUCUCACAUUGCCACGUCAAUUCCCGCCAGAAGUCAGUCAAACGUUCACCUCAAGCAUACAUUACAAUGACUGGGAAAGACAAGUUUCCUCCGAUAGUAGUUCGCCGCCUCCCUCGGCCUCACCCGUAGCAUCUCCAAUCGACGAACGAUCGCCGACUAACGCCGACGUGAUGGACGACAAAGAGAUUGGGAUUUGGAAGUGCGGUCAAUGCCAACAGCGGUUCACACAACGCUCUGCAUUAAGACUUCAUGUAUGCCCAAGUCAAGCAAACAAUCCAUUCCAAUGUGGUCACUGCAGUCUGUCGUUCGCUGACCCGACAAAAUUGCGGGCUCAUGUGGUCACCCACAACAACGAGCGGCCGUUCAAAUGUGGCUUCUGCUCGCGCACAUUUGCUGGUGCAACGACACUGAACAACCACGUGCGGACUCACACAGGCCAGAAGCCGUUCACGUGUGAAAAAUGUGGCAAGAGUUUCUCCCAGGCCUCCCAGAUGAGCAGGCAUCAACGCCUUGCCGAAGACUGUCUUUGAACAAUGAUAAGCAGUAAUAAAGAAAUCAGUUAUAUAAACUUGCAGCAGGAAUACAAACAGUUAAUAACAAUGAAAUCAGAACACAAUAAACUUUUUUGAAUAAUCAGUGAAUCGUACGUUCAAAACAAAUCCUGUAGAUAGUAUAUGUAAAUAACCCAUAGCAUUGUACAGUAGCAAACGACUUUAGUGAUAUAAUCAACUUGUUUUUAGAAAUAUAAUGUAAACAAUA